ACCUGAUCCGAUUGGCCCUUCCCUCCACCUCUCAUUCCCUCCUUCUCCCUUCACCCCACACCACCAAAACACCCAAGAUUUCCACCAUUCUGAUAAGAAUCCUCAAAACAAAACCCAAUCUUUAUCCCUCCCACUUCACUCUUUGGAGCAGCCACAUUCCUGAGCUAAAAGAAAAAACAUGUCUUGUUCAAAUUUGACAAUGUUGGUGUCCUCAAAACCAUCUCUUUCUGAAUCCUCUGCCCUUUCUUUCCGCUCUGCUGUCAGCUCUUUUCAGCUUCCUAACCACAACCUAUCAGGCCCUUCAAACCCCUCAAGAUCAUCAUCAGUUAUCCCUGUCCGAUGUGGUCUCCGUGAUCUGCGUGAUCGAAUUGACUCUGUCAAGAACACACAGAAGAUUACUGAGGCUAUGAAGCUUGUGGCUGCUGCUAAAGUCAGAAGAGCACAAGAAGCUGUUGUGGGUGCGAGGCCUUUCUCUGAGACUUUGGUUGAGGUACUUUACAACAUCAAUGAGCAGCUCCAGACAGAUGACAUUGAUGUACCACUCACCAAAGUAAGACCUGUCAAGAAAGUGGCGUUGGUGGUUGUCACCGGUGACCGGGGUCUUUGUGGUGGUUUUAACAACUAUAUCAUCAAAAAAGCUGAGGCCAGGAUUAGAGAUUUGAAAGCUCUUGGCCUUGAUUACACUAUUAUCAGUGUUGGCAAAAAGGGUAAUUCUUAUUUCCUCCGCAGGCCUUACAUCCCUGUAGAUAAAUUUCUUGAAGGAAGCAAUCUGCCCACUGCUAAAGAUGCUCAGGCCAUUGCUGAUGAUGUUUUCUCAUUUUUCGUGAGUGAAGAGGUUGACAAGGUUGAGCUUCUCUACACAAAGUUUGUGUCUUUAGUGAAAUCUGAGCCAGUCAUUCACACCCUGCUUCCAUUGUCACCAAAGGGAGAGAUUUGUGACAUCAACGGGAACUGUGUUGAUGCAGCUGAAGAUGAGUUCUUUAGGUUGACAACAAAGGAAGGGAAAUUGACAGUGGAAAGAGAUGUCAUGAGGACUAAGACAACUGAUUUUUCAGCAAUCUUGCAAUUCGAGCAGGACCCUGUUCAGAUUCUUGAUGCCUUGCUGCCACUUUACUUGAACAGUCAAAUCCUGAGGGCAUUGCAGGAGUCAUUAGCCAGUGAGCUUGCUUCUAGGAUGAGUGCCAUGAGCAGUGCAACAGAUAAUGCAUCUGAAUUGAAGAAGAAUCUAUCUAGAGUGUACAACAGACAGCGUCAGGCAAAGAUUACCGGAGAAAUAUUGGAGAUUGUUGCUGGAGCAGAUGCCUUGGUUUAAGCAUAUCCCCUGCAAUUGUGCUUCUCUGUAGGUACAAUAAUGAAGUCUAGACAAUUUUUAUUUUCUGCUUCUCAACCUCGUACAGACUUUGUGCACAAGAAGAGAACCACAUUAUAUUUUGUACACAAGGCCAGACCAAACCUAUAUUUGUAUGUCAAUUUUUUUCUGCUAUAUUUGUAAAACAUGAAUUAUUGAAAGCCUGAAAUCUUCAAUCCCUCGUAUAGCUUUUCUA